GAAACUAAGACGGCGUCGAAUUUCCGACGAAGCACUACAGUUUACAUCCCUCAAUCGCCGAUACAGCGACGCCAAGUAGUCCUUCGCAAGUCAAAGCAACACAACGAAGACUGAACCGCAAGCAGCGACACAUCGGCAUAGCUCACUCCGUCUCUUCCUCUCUCCGGCGUCCGGCACCGAGAAUCGUACUAGCAUGGAGGACAGUGACGGUAGUUUACCGAAGCCAGUGGCAGUGAUAGCCUGCAUCGCCAUGGCACUCUUUUAUGUCGCAACCCUCUAUGCUCCAACUGUAGUCCUCCGCCUCCCGCCUCCGUCGUCCUCCAAGGUUUUCAUGAUUCGAAGGUUCAUAUGCGUAGCCAUAUCCUCCAUCGUAUCUGUUGUCUCUUGUGUUUUCAUCCUUCCGGCAAGAAGCAGGGAGGACUUCUCUUUUUUGGGUAUUUAUGGCAUUCGAACCGACCAUAUUAUUGGGAAAGAGUGACUCAUUUUAACAUGCCUUGCAUUUCUACAGUGGCAAGCAGUGGUUUUUCCUCUUCUUCUAACGUCUCUUAUGUACACUGGAUCUUUGGUACUGAAAUCUCUUUCAGUGGUUGAUAAAUGGAAGGAGCGUAGGAAUCAAGGUCAAGGACCUUUGUUUGAUAGUAUCAAAACCAUCCUGCAAGAGGUUCCAAGCUGGAUUUUGCCAUCUGCUUCCAAUAUUUUGUUUUGGCGUAAUUUGGUAGUGGCACCGUUGACAGAGGAGUUGGUGUUUAGGGCGUGUAUGAUACCGUUACUUCUAUGUGGAGGAUUCAAAGUGUAUGCUGUCAUUCUUCUCUGCCCUGUAUUCUUCAGUUUGGCACAUUUGAACCACAUGAUGGAGAUCUACAAUCGCCAUCGCUAUAGCUUGCUCAAAGCUUCCAUGGUUAUAGGUCGCCAGCUUGGUUACACUGUGAUUUUCGGUUCAUAUGCUUCAUUUCUUUUCAUUCGAACAGGACACCUUGUUUCUCCUUUAGUCGCUCAUAUGUUCUGCAAUUAUAUGGGAUUGCCUGUCAUAUUUGUGCGGAGGAAAGGGUUGGUGACUUUGGCCUUUGUAGCCGGAACAGUGACCUUCCUAGGGCUUCUUUUUCCGAUAACGCAGCCCAAUAUGUACAAUGAAAGAACAAAUAACUGCAGAUGUUGGCAAGGGUCUUGUUCAUGGGAUUAAAGCUUUGACAUCGUUUGGGUGGAAGAUGUUUGUUGUUAAAUUAACUAGGCAUACUAGCAUAACAAUCUGAAAAUUGGAGAGGAAUGAAUCAUGCCAUGUAUUACUUUUUAUGCCAUUUACUCUUGCCUCGGAACAUUUUGUUUUGGACUCCAGAUGAUGUCAAUGCUAGUAUCGGUCAUUGGUAUCCCAGGGAUCCCUGGGAAUCCACUAUUUGUAUUUGAUUCUAAAGGAUGUUAUCCCAUACCUAAAUUUCUCCCUUUUUUGUAUUCUUUCUUCCAUGUAUUUUUGCCUGGCCUUAUUUAAUUUUACCU